ACAACGAUGGUAUUACUUUAUAAUCUCUCUGUACACCAGUGUGUAUUGAGUUUGUUUAGGUAGAGCUUGGCAGCGUAUCUGAAUUAUUACGAUUUUCAGUAGUGUUUGCAGAGUCGAUAAUAAAUUUACGAGCAUAUAUUCUUUUUCAAGUCUACAAUAUCUUUUAUUUCGUAUAUGUUAGUCUCAACUAAAGCAAUGAACAGUUUGAUUUUCCUGUUUGUUUACCUCUACUUGUCAUCGACGUUCGACGGCAACCAUGUAUUAGCUCUUGACGUUGAGGGUAUCGUCGGAGGUGAUUUCGCCACUGAGGGCAUGUUUAAGUAUCAAGUAUCGGUACAAAAGGAUGGUGAAGGUACUUGUGGAGGUGGCAUAAUUGCUGAUCAAUACAUUCUGACGGCUGCUCACUGUGUCGUUAACGAGACAGGUGUGUUCGAAAACAAACCGUACAAAGUUGUCGCUGAUUCUGUGGAUUUAAGGACACCCGCAGGUAUGAAAGUGUCCGUAGAUAAAGCUUACGUUCCUAGCGGUUAUCGAUCUUCCGAAUCAGCUGAUGAUAUUGCGGUGUUGAAGUUAAAAGAAGGUCUUAAUUUAGAUGAAAAUCCAAACCUAAGCAAGUUAGAUCUGCCCUUAUCCAGCAAGACUGUAAACUAUACCGGGAAAACAGCUGUUAUCGUCGGCUAUGGAUACACCUGGGUCAAGACAUUAUUCAAUUUAUUUCAGCUAGAUGGCGGCUCCGAUUUUAAACUAAAAUAUGCCAAUGUUACCGUGAUCGGUAAGGAAGAAUGCGAACUAACAAAUUUUAACAUUACCAUGGACAUAGAUCAACAAGUUUGCGGACGGUUGUUUCAACGUGAUCCAGAACAUCCCGAGGGAAUAUGUUCGGGCGACAGUGGCAGUCCACUAGUAAUGAACAAUACAGUGAUUGGCGUCGUGAGCAGGGGUCCUCCGAGUUGCGAGGAAGACUUUAGCGCUGCCAAGUACACGAGAAUUUCAUUCUUCUUGAAAUUUAUUAAACAAGUUUUAGAAGGUAGAAUUGAUGACACAAUUCCGAUUUUUUGCGUUUCCCGAAGAAAGUGAAUCUACGUAAAAAGAUGACUAAUUGAUCAUUAAUUCCGUUAAGUGGAAAUUGAUUAUAUAUUAUUCUUAUUAUCGACUGAUCGCAACAGAUCAAUUAUUUAUUUCAAUGUUAUUAUGUAGUUGCUUGAACAAAAAAGAUAUAGUUAAUAAUAAGAAUUUCUAUUCAAUUAACUUAUCUCUUUUGGAAUCACGUCUAAAAUUAUAGAAAACAAAAGCACUUUCUCGCAUAUGAUAGCCGUGAUCCGUAAAUGAUUAAAUGGA